AUGGAUCCUACGUUCGGUCAUUCGGGAAGUCAAUCGGCCCACGCAACAGAUAACAAUGACGACGAGAAUAGACCACCGAGUGUCUUCAACGUGGAUCACUUUUGCAACGUGACGUCUCUGAUUCAGCAGGAGAAGUACGAGGAUCUAUCAUCCCUAGCCAUGAAGAAGGAUCCCCAAGCCAUGAAGAAGGAUCCACUCAACCUCAUGGAGGACCCUGUGCUCAACGUCGUCAUCGAAUACAAGAAGACCGACCUAGCCAAACGGCUGAUUCAAAACAUGCCCGCGGAGAAGCCCGGACCGCUGUGGUACGCUAAUUACCACGGCGACACGGCUCUCCAUGUCGCGGCCACCGUGGGUGACCUCGACGUGGCCAAGGCGUUGCUCCGCAAGAACUCAAAACUCGUCAGUGAACGGAACAAGAAGAACGAGACACCGCUGCACAAAGCGGCGCUGUACGGGCACGAGACGAUGUUCUGGGACCUGGUGAAAAUGGGGUCGCACGACCCGUCCGAGCGGAGGGAGGACGGCGCCACCGUGCUGCACUGUGCCAUCAUGGGCAGCGCGCCGGCUUUAGCACUGAAGAUUGCAAAGGCAUAUACAAACCUGAUCACGUCUAGGAAUGAUGCUGCGGUGACUCCGCUGCAGUUGAUGGUGACCAUUCCAGUGAUUCCAUACGAAGACUCUGGCAUGCGACCUGUAGUAGAUGAAGAGCAACCUACGGACUCGAGCGAUGGUGAAGUAUGUGCUUCCGGAUGA